AUGUCCAGUAGAUUGCGUCGAAUCAUCGCCUGCGUUGAUGGGACAUGGUACAAUGAAGAUGGACAGGAAGGACGCGGGAAUGGCAACAAUAGCAACGUGUUCCGUAUCUAUGCUUCCAUCAAGAGUGGCAAGGGUACUGAUGAGAAGGGAAAUAAAUUUGAGCAGAUUGUCAAGUAUUUUCCAGGGAUUGGCGUCGAUAAGAAACCGCUGGAUAAAUUCAAUGAUGGUGUGACUGGUGCUGGUUGCGCUCAGCAGAUAGACGAGGUUUAUUCCUUUUGCAUCAGUGCAGUCAUGUCCUCUGCCGACGAGGUUUACUUAUUCGGAUUCAGUCGUGGAGCCUAUGUAGCACGCGCUGUGGCGGCACGAAUUCAAAGAUUUCCAUUGAGAACCGUGCCCUCGGAUCAGAAAGAUCCUAUUUGGAAGCAGAUAAGGAACCUGGGCAAGAAGAAAAGCAGUAGUAGCCCUAACUCAUCGGGGCGGGAGUACCAUUUUGGGGAAGUCAAUGCAUGUCAGCACACACGUGAGCCUCCGAAGAUCAAGUUUCUAGGGCUUUUCGACACUGUCAAACAAUUCAACUCUUCCGAGGAAGUCGAUAUUUCAGACGUUAGUCAAAUCGAACAAGUUAGACACGCCCUUGCCCUCAACGAAGAGCGCAAGCACUUCCCAGUCCUUCGGAUCGAGCCCGUCGACAAUGCUGGGAAUCGGGGGCAAGGAGGCUGCCAUUUGCAAGCAUGGUUCGUGGGCGCUCAUGCUGAUAUGGGCGGAGGAGCAGUGCACGAUGGGCUGUCCCUAUACCCCCUCCAGUGGAUGUUGAUUGAAAGCAGAUCGCAGGGCGUGGUACUCGAGCACGAACCUCCGCACCAUCUUAAAGGUCUGAUUCAGAAUCCCCUGGAUCUAGUAUUUCCCAAGCUCCCACCUGGCCAUCCUAUUGGCGAGAACGUCUACGGUGUUGAUAGAAACGCGGCAUAUGAGGGCCUCAUUCCGUCUCAGGUCUGGACAUAUCAAUACUCCAGCGGUGCUCAAAUUAGCAUGUUCGAUCUCCGCAGUUCGCAUAAUCAUGGAAAUCUUCAGAAGGUCUCAGGAAGCAAGGUCCAAAAGCGCCAUAGUCCGCAGAAGGCCACACACCGGGUCAGCAUCAAUAAGGGAAUCUUCGGCCACCUGGCCAGAGGAAAGCGCGCUAUAUUCACUGGUAACACGUUUGGUGAGCUGCAAGGCUAUAGUACCGGCUCGAAAGGCGGAACCGUCGUUCAUCCGUCCGUCUACUUCUUGAUGGACACAUACGCUACCUUGGGUAUAAAGCAGGCUUUGAAAGGGUUUCAAAAUCACUUGGAGUCUUUCCGAGAAAAAGCCAGCUUGACCUGCGUUUCCCACACAGGGAGGACGACAGCGAUGUUUGAUCCCUGGAUCCGAGAUCAUCUUCCGAUACGUAGCACAAGAUGCCGGAUCCUGAUCUGCGGCAAUGCUGGAGUCGGAAAGUCAACUUUGCUUAAUUGUGUCUUUGGCAUAACAAUGACCCAGGAACAAGCUAGUCGAAGGGGCAUACACAACAUCAACGAUGCUUUCGAGACAGACGAACACCCUGGAAUCAUUAUUCACGAUUCUGAAGGUUUUCAGGCUGGGAAUCUCAAAGAAGUGAGUGCGUUCAAGGAGUUUCUGGUCAAGCGAUCAGGCCAGACACAAACCGAGGAGAACCUUCACGCGAUAUGGCUUUGUGUGGAUGCAGACACUGUUCGCCCUGUUCAGACCGCUCUGGCUUGUGUACUGAAAGAGGUAGUUUCCACUGCACCUUUGGUCCCUAUCAUCAUCGUUGGCACGAAGAAAGAUAAAUUUCUCCUACCGUACAGGUACAAUAGUGUGUCCAGACGCGGCACAAACGCCAGUUCGAUACAAUUUGAUGAAACAUCGCUACUAGCGGAGAGACAGGUUGUGUUCAGGGAAUGUUUUGAAACGGAUGAAGAGACAAGAGAACUUUGGCCCAAAUUGGAUGCGCAAUUUGCAUUCGUCUCCAAAGAUGACGGAGACUCUAUCAAAGGUCUGAUUCGUAUGACCAUGGCUUCAUUCAAUGACAUUGUCGUAUCUGAGGCGAUGUGCGCAGCUCAAGUCCAGGACAUCGAAGCCAAGAUUGAACAGGCUAUUGAGAAGACACUGAAACUUCUCAGAACGGCUGUAACCGCCGCUUCCUUUCUAGGAGUAGGCACGAUUGUCGCAACGCCGACUGUCUCGAGAUGCCUUUGUCAAGAAAUCGCGCAUGGCUGCUUCGGCAUACCGGAGGCAAGAGUGGCUGACAUUGACACCAUUCUCGGUAAUGUCGUUUGGAAGAAUCUGCUUCCGUUUAUGACACAGGAAGUGGCUCAAACCACAGUCCUUUGGGGUGGCUGUGCCUGUCUAACUCUCUUCACGGUUAUCGGUGGCCUCCCUCUUGCAAUUGGGGCACCGCUACUGCAAGCGCCUCCCGCUGCUAGGAUGCUGAUCAAAUGCGCUUGCGAUUUGAUUUUAAUAUUGGAUCAAGCGUUCAGAGACGGUGGAAAGGGCAUGAGCCGGGACAAAAUCAAACUUGUAACUUCAAUGUAUAUGAAGAGUACGGUCAAGGUUUUGAAAAAUGAGGAGGAAAUUGAACGCCCACGGAGGAAAGCUGUUCACCGAGAAGUCAACGACUUGAUACCUUUGGUCUCUGCGCUGGCCAUCGAUGUUCACAAGAAUCGAAAGGAACACCUUUCCAAGUAUCGUAGCAGGAUCAAGGGGAUCAUUGAGAAGUACAAGUUCCAUCUAGCGGGAACUGCAACGGUUGAGCAAGUCGACGAUCUUGAGUUUGAUCCUGACAGUGUUGGGUGGCAGUACAUCUCUGAGGACGAUGACGACCCCAAAGGCUUGUGGGGUUAG